UUGAUCAGUUAAGGGUCUGUGGAUGUUUUCUCCUGCCUGGCCCUGUUCUAGCAUUAGCCUCUUCUUCACACAGGCUGCAGUUUAUCUGCCAUGGUUUGAUGACCUGCUCUUAUUUGUUUCAGCCCUGAUCUCAUGGAGAGUUACAGAAGCGUAAACAAAAGGGCGGCCUCUUUCUACAAUGAGUUUAAACACCGAAUUUCUAUCUGACUACCUGACGCAAAUGGUCAUUAAAAACGGAUUUACAUGCUAGGCUAGCGCUAAUCUUGCGUUACUCCACGUGUCUAGGCUAGUGGAUCGUGUUGCGUCACUUCCGGCCACCGUCUUUGAUUAGGAGUUGAGGAGCGGAUCAAAACGCGUACAACGUUAUCCUUCCGUCCGCGAUAGAGGAAUGCGGCAACACUGAAGUUCACACGCCAUAAACACUGCUGCUGGUUCAGAAUAAGACUUUUGAGUAGAAGUCAUCAGAGGACUCACCAUGGUGCAGGAGAACCAAGAUGACCUGAACAAAGACAUGCUCCUUCCACCAAUUCAACAAAAUAGACCUGCAUUGUCAUGGGAAAUGAAGAUCAAGAAAAAGCUGAAGACAGUGCCUCCCUGUCUGGGCAAGUUCAGGCCAACUGUAGGCCAGUGCUGCCACCAGUGUACCCCAGACAGUCUGAGGAAGAAGCUCGGACAAACCUCUCCUCUUGGCUUCCACAACCUGCUGAAUGUCAACGAGACAAACACCAGGUUUCGGGGCUGGCUGGUACGGAGGGUGUGCUGCGUGCUGUUUGUGAGUGGGUGCAAGGUUUACGCAAGUCCUGCAAGCAACAGACUGGAGAGGGUCUGUCAGAGCAACAGCACAAAAGAGAUGUUGAGCUCACAGCAUCACAACAUGAAGCACCCUGAGGGGGGAGACAGGCGGGGGGAGCUGCACCGCCUCUCACCAUUCCUUCCCCUUGUCAACACCUGCAUUUCCUCCAGCCUCUUGCGAUUCAUAGGCUGGGCAAUGCUGAAGAUAUUUGCGUCCAUGUUUGACAGCAUUCAGGUUAACCUCAACCAUCUGUCUGCUUUGCACGGAGCCUCUCAGGAGGGAUCUCCACUGAUUUAUGUGUACGUGCGUCAGAGCAUCAUGGACUGUGCUCUCAUCUCUCUGGUGCUCUUCUGUCACAGCCUCAGAGUCCCAUACACUCUUUGUCCUCUCCAGAUUAACAGCUCCUUUCUAAGAUCAGUCCUGCAAAAAGUAGGUGUAAUUGUGAUGCAGCCUUCUACGCUAACCGAGCACGACGCUGAGACGGACGGCCUGUACUCGCUUGUCAUGACCUUUCUAAUGAGUGAGCUGCUACAUGAGGGCCAGUCGAUAAGUGCUGGUGUGUCAGCGAGAUCUGGGCAAGGUGGCCAGUGGCUGCUUCACAUCAGGCAGCUCAUCAAAGAGGGAUCCGUCCCUGAUGUCAGCCUGGUUCCUGUGGGCAUCUCCUACGACUGCAUUCCCAAGACCAACAUGCAGGUUGGCCUACGCUCUGUCUUGCUGUGGCUGUUGUCUCAUCUCUGGAGGAAACCAAGAGGAAGUAUAAGGAUCCACUUCGCCAAACCCUUUUCUCUCAAGGAGAUGACUGAGUCAGGGAGGUGCAGAGUAGACGAAUGGCUCCCUCUACAGGACCUGUUGCUGCCUGUGAUCCUCAACUGCAGAACUGACAGUGUCUUCGGGCAGAGGAAGAUGUCGUGGCUCCUUCCUUCUUCUCAUUAUCCGCCUGAACUCAUCCGAGAGAGAGACCUUAGCAUUGCCAUCAUCCUCCACCUCAUCUUCUCUGCCAACUCCUGUACGGCUGUGAUGUCCACAAGUCUAGUGUCCAGUCUCUUGCUGUACAAACAUCCCAAGGGUGUAAGUGCAUCAGUCCUCUGUCGUGAUGUAGCUUGGCUCACAGAGGAGCUCUUAUUCAGGAACAAAGAUGUAGGCUUCGGAGGAACUUUAGCGGAGGUUGUCCACUCUUCCCUCUCUCUGCUCGCCCCUCACCUCAUCAUAGCUGCACUGCCUGGGAAGGAUCCUUUCAUCGUGCCACGUCCUGCUCUUGUCGCCACACUUCAUCUCACCCUCCAGGCCCAGAUACUCACACACACCUUUAUUUCAGAAGCUGUUGGUGCGUGCGCGGUGUCAGCCAUGCUGCGUGAGGUGGCCGCCAGCGGCGUCAGCAGCAGGGUGAGGACUGACGGCGUGGAUGGAGAGGAGGUCAAAGGUGACCUGGAGUUGGAUGUGGUGCUGUGCCACUCCCAGCUCACGGAGAAGGCCCUGCAGCUCUGCCAUCUCCUUCCUCCAGGCUCGGUAGCGCCCUGUCAGUCAUCGCAAAGUUUUGCUCUGGACGCCGUGGACAGUCUGUUGCGCUGUGGGAUCCUGAUCAUGGAAGAAAUUCCCAGGGAUGUUCCCAUCUGUGAUUUCUGGAAGAACGAGGGCCUGCUCACUUGGUUCCCCACUGAUGACCCAUAUGACAGCGAUUCCGACUGUGAGGAGCAGGACCUGCGUUCUUACAGGAUAAGCCAGCCCAGCCAGUGUCCAGAUAUGCUGUUCUUCCUCUGCAGUAUGCUAGCUGGACAUCUGAGGACGCUGUGCUGGACAAUAGCGAGGCUCAACCACAUACACUCACCUUUAUCAGACGCUGAGUUUGUGGCUCAGAUACACUCUCAUCUUUGUGACAGAGCAAAUAAGACGAAGCGGCACUAUGAGAGCUGCUCAGAGGAGGCUGCACACACUGCAGUCAGAACACUAAUAGACCUCGGGGUCCUUUCUGAGGAGCGUCAGGAGGGAGGCGUAUUUCUGGGUGUCAGUCCUUUGUUCCAGUUGUCAGAAAACAGGCAGAAGCUGCACUGCUUCAUCUCUCAGUACCUCUACAAUUAAAGCUCAGCUGAGCAGCACAGACAGACACGCUUUGGUUUUGCUGUAGAGCGUGACCUCAUCGUCGGAGUCAUCAUCGCAAACUUGGGUUCGCUGUUGAAAACGGUGCAUGCUGAGCCGGGACACCCGUGCCUUUAGGUUAAUUGCGUUUUGAUAUUUCAGUGAUGAGACAUUUAUUUUAGGUUUAUCUUUACUAAUAGCAUUAGCAUAAAGCCACAGGAGACGAGGAUUAUGAAGUCUCUGUAAUCAGUAGUAGGAAGAUGCUGUUCGCCGCUGCAUGUGUUUGAUAAAUGUUUAUGUUGUAAUGAAGGUCGCAGAGGUCAUGGAAAUGUUUUAGUUUAGCUUUUUUCUAGAUGUCUCAAGUUAAAUUGGUUCAAUGGAAAAUAAACAAAUGUUCUCAUUUGAUCAUCAACACAGUUUGUAUUCUAUUCAAAGAUUGUAUCACACAGACGGUAAUAAUUCCCUCUAAACAGCUCCUAAUUGCUCUCUCACCUCCUGAUUGUAGAUCUUUCUGUGCUGACUCAGACCUCGUGAAAGUUUUAAGCAUCAUAGUUUUGACAGCAAGAGGCAGAGACAAUUCAAUUCAUCGCUUGGCUGGGACAGACAUUUUGGUGGGAAGGCAGGUUUCCAGCUGGAUGUACAGCCAAGAGUCAGAGCACCUGUUCUUUCCUCCUAAAUCAGGCAGAAAGCAAAGCUACUGUAGCAAAGCUCAGGUUUGACUGAGUGUGAACCUCUACUGCCCUCCAGUGUUGAGCUUAGGAGACUAAAGGGAGAGAAACAGUGCUGCUCCAAUACUGUGUGAACAAGACAUAGUUAUGGAUGGUGGUGAAGCUGCUCUCAACAACAAAAUUAGUGCCUCAGAGAGAAAUGUUGACCAAAACUGGAAGUAUUGUCAUACAUUAUGUUGCUUUAAAACUGUUCUGGAACUUAGAUGAUAGAUGUAAAAACAUGGAUGCUGGAUGUUAGGACUGUGGUUCCAGCUUCGCGCCUCGUUUCUUUCAGCAAAAUUGUUAAACCUCCUAUUUGCUCUUAGUGAAUGUACAACGUUAAGCUACUUUGGACACUAAUUUACCAAAUGAAUGUUCUCGCAUAUUAUGGUCAAACAUAACAUGUUAAGCAGCUCCUUCAUUUAGUGCUGCAAAUUAUCUUAAAAACACGUCUCCUUCUCUGUAUUUUUUAUCUUAUUACUUUUUUCUUCCUCAAAAAAAAAAACAAA